AUAAAGGCUGAAAAUUAAAAAGAAAAUUACCCAUUUUGAGUCUCUCCAAGGAAAUACAAGGGCACAUCCUGCAAUUCCUUUAACCAUUUCUGAAUUGUUCAUCUUUGCCUCAUGAAGCUGGUUGAUGGUUAGGGCUUCAUUUCUGGUGCAGUUAGGGCUUUCGACAAAUUCAUGGCGGCUGCUAAUCCUCAGCCUUUGCAAGCGCGUCCUUUCCAGGAACAUGUCCAAGUUUCUACAGUGAUGGGGGACGACGACGGUGAAUAUGAAGAUGGUGGUGGUGGUGGUGGUGGUGGUGGCGGCGGCGGCGGCGGCGGUGACGUUAUGGAUGAUGUCGAAGAGGCUCAUAUGACUUCAGUGAGCGUCGCGAACCUUGGGGGGUUGGUUAUGGCGUCUAGAACUAGUGAACUUACGCUUUCUUUCGAGGGCGAGGUUUAUGUGUUCCCUGCAGUUACUCCCGAAAAGGUACAAGCCGUGCUCUUACUUCUUGGAGGGCGUGACGUACCAACCAGUGUACCCACAAUGGAAGUACCAUAUGAUCAUAUGAACAGGGGUAUGGUUGACACCCCAAAGCGCUCCAACUUAUCACGGAGAAUAGCCUCGCUGGUUAGAUUUCGUGAAAAACGGAAAGAGAGAUGUUUUGACAAGAAAAUUAGGUACACCGUUCGGAAAGAGGUUGCACAGAGGAUGCACCGUAAGAAUGGCCAGUUUGCAUCCUUAAAAGAAAGUUCAGGUGCUUCAAGUUGGGAGUCAGCACAUAGUUGCCUCCAAGAUGGUACUCGUUCAGAAACUGUUUUGCGGAAAUGUCAACAUUGUGGUGUUAGUGAGAACAAUACACCUGCAAUGCGUCGUGGCCCUGCUGGACCAAGAACUUUAUGCAAUGCAUGUGGUUUGAUGUGGGCCAACAAGGGCACGUUGAGAGAUCUUAGCAAGGGAGGGAGAAAUGUGUCUGUGGAUCACACGGAACCUGAAACCCCAAUGGAUGUCAAACCCACAAUCAUGGAGGGAGAAUUUUCGGGCAUCCCGGAUGAACAUGGAACUCCCGAGGAUCCUGGUAAAACUAUGACUGAGGGCUCGAGUAAUCCUUCCGUCGACCUAGAUGAGGAGGAAGACAUAAAUGAAACCACUGGUGGCCAAACAAAUUCGUUGCCCAUGCAAAUUGUCAAUGAUUCAACAAACGAUGAUGAGCAGGAACCUCUUAUUGAACUUCCUAAUCCUUCGGAUACCGAUAUAGACAUCCCCACUAACUUUGAUUAGAAGGUAAAUCGUUUGCUUAGGCAACGGGUCAAGGAGAUUUCAAAUAAUACGUUGGCUGUUAAUAAUUUCUUGUGCCGUCAUAAAUCCUAGAUGUUAAAAGUUAGUAUCAACAAUGGAGUGGCAGUUAGGACUUGUAUAAUUACAAAAACGUCCAUGACAUAAGGUUCAAGUGUGCAGUGGUCAUCUUUCGACCCCAGGAGGUUGCACGCUGCUUUCAGCUAACGUUAGAUUGUCCGACGAUGUUGAUAUUUCUGCCAGAAACUGUUUGUGUUCACUGUACAAGUCGAGUUGUUAGAGGAUACACUUGAGUUCUUCCAUCAGUGUAUGAUCUGAGUGAUUCAUUUGGUAGGGUGGUUACUCUUGAUUCAAUUUCAUUGGAAGUCUUCUUCUUCCAUAAUUUAUCGUCAUAAUGAUGAAGGGAUCAAAUCCUUGUUGUGUUAUCUUAAGAUAGACCUUUGUUUUGCUUCUAGUUGACAAUGUUAUUAUAUACAAUGACUUAUUAAGCAAUUGGUAAUAGAAUAAACUUGCACAUUACUAGCCCUGUUG